AAAUGAUUUCCGAUUCAGUGAGUUAUUCAAGACAGUGCCAAGUGAAUAAACUGGACUUUAGUGACAGUGGGUUUAAUGUUUAAUUUAAUUGCCUGAAUAGAUGGAUCACGGCUUUUGGCUUUCAAUAGUUGGCAAUAGUAGUGAGCAUGAGAGACACUUUCGUGGCACAAUAGUCAAAGAUCGCUAGCAUAACGCCACAGACGGUUCCCGUGCCUUGGCUCUGAGGGACAGGGAUGAUGGUGGCACUUGUUCCGACUUCUGGACCAAUCCAUUCUGCGUCUAGUGUAUAAUACAGUGAGUAGUAUAACAUGCUGCUCUUACACGAGAUAAUACAGGAGAACAGUUUGGUAAACAUAUUGAUGCAUGAAACAUGAGAAGACCGGUGAGGGACUGUCGAUCGCCUGUGUCGUGCACGUAACAAUAUUCGGAGUCUUUUCCCUGCGGGAGCCGAGCAGAAGACGCAGCUGACAACUUGCGGGACUCGGAAGUGUGAAUGACUGACACAGAAGAUCUACCACGGGGGAAGCGCUCCAGAAGCUCUGCGUGGUUCAUCAGGAAGUGGAAGAGGCUAGUUUCUGCGCUGAUUCGGCACCAGUUUGGAUCGGUUUCCAUUCUGAUCCAAGCUUGUGCCUCCCUCCUGGCUUUGCUAGCCUACUCCCAGAGCAACAAGCUUUACAGCUUUGUCACCCACAUCUUCAUCUCACAGUACCGCUUCCCCUAUGUGGUACCCCUGGCAUUCGCACAGGUGGUGCUGACGCUGGCUGCCAUGGCCGCCCUGCAUGCCCUUGGCUUCAUCACGCUGCAGCCAUACUCCCUGCAGCUGGGCGAGCAGCUGCUCGUGCCUUCGAUCUGUGACAGUAUUCAGGGAGUGCUGGCCCUGUGGGCAGUCACCUCACCUUCCGGGCUCUUCCCUCUAACUUCGCGUCUGCUGCCCCUCGCUUGUGUGGCCUGGACCCACGCACUUGACCUUCAUACACGGCGGCCCUCCGUCCAGAACACCCUUCUACUGGCAGCUGUUACAUUCACGUCAAUGACAAUGACAGGCGCACAGAAUGUCCUGUGGACUGACCCCAUAGUGAGACUCUACGCCCCGCUUAGCCUCUGCCUGCACAGCCUCUCUCUCUGCUGGGUGGCCAAGGUGGGGAAGUCAGCGAGGAGGCGACAGGGGGGCCACUCCACCUCCCUGAACCUCUACUACUGCCUGAACGUUAACCGAAGCCUGGUGCUGGGCUUCCUGUGCCUGCUGCACCCGGACUCCCCUCGAGUGCUGAGCGAGGGCUGCUGGCACAGCCUGCUCUUCCUGGGGUACCUGCUGGCCAUGCUGCUGCUGGGGAUUCUCCACCACCUCCUGCUGGCCGUCGCUGCUCUCUACGGCUCCCCGCUGGCUGCGGGGCUCAUGCACACGACGCACGACGUGGUUCAGCCCUUCAUCGGCCUGCUGUAGCCUCAGGGUGGACGGCGGUCGUGUCUGGUGGCGUCCUGUUCCUCAAAACUCCACACGGAUUCACUAUUCUCUAUCGCGCGCAGGCAUAGUGAAUGGAAUAAGCUAUGAAGAUCACUGCAAAUGAAGAUUUCUUUCAUUGUUCGUGCCUCUGAGCAUGGAUGUAUUCGUAGUGUGUCCAAACACAAAAUGGAGACGUGCAGUCUGCUCAAGAAUUUUAACUGUGGUAGACCACUGAAGAAGGUCUAAAUUUGCCGGACCGUCCUAAUCUCAUCACACACCAGAACCAUUUUCUGGUUAGUGAGACCCAGGAAACCCACAUUUAUGACCUUUGCAUGAAGUAUACUCUGCUGCAAGCACUGCACACCUCAGCUGGAAGACCAGACAUUGGAUUUGCAAAGACAUGGGGUGACAGGAUAGGAAUUUGGAAUUGGGAGUAAUAGGAAACAUCUGAAUUUUAAAUAAAAUUGGUUAAAAGAGGUCAAGUGCCAGUCCGACAAUGGCAUACGGCUGGGAUAAAUGUACUUUGCUAUGAGAUUUGUACGUCUGCAUGUACGUAUGCUCCCGGCACUCAUUCCUGGUCUCUACCUGUACUUC